AUGACUUUCAAGCCUAAACUUAUUGAAAACGAAAGCGCUAACGAGCAAGAAAACGGGAAGAGUCUCACGUACGGUUCCUUUGAGAAGGGUGUGAUACCACCACCUAUCAGGCCCGACGAGCGGUCCACGGAGCUGCAUCCCUACUCACCUGGUCCAUGCACAUCGCUCUCUCCAGGAGGUUGGCCGCCUAUCCUAGAUCUUCCCAUUUUCAAGAGGAUCCCGGGCUCGAUCUGGUUUAGUAUCAAGGUGAUUCUGUUUCUGUUUCUAUAUAUAUGGGUCCGCGCAGCAUUUCCACGAUAUCGUUAUGAUCAAUUAAUGGGACUUGGCCGGAAAGUGUUCUUGCCUCUAUCAUUAGCUCGGGUAGUCGCCGUUUCUGGUGUUUCAUCCCCGAAAAUGCCCGUUCGCUUGUCGUUGGGGAUCCCAAUCUUACUUGCUGAAACUGUACUUGCUUCUAUAGCUUGCUUGCCACUUGCAAAGAAAGAGCUUUUGAGAGUCAAGUCAGGCAGUAAAGCACAGACAUGGCAUGCGGAGACAAGUCAAGUUCAGACUAUUCGAGGGGCAAGGCAAGGGAAGGCUAGAGCUGACAAGCGAAUACCUGCUUCCUCAAACGAAGGCGGAGGAGGAGGAGGGCUACGUUUUAGUAGCGAAUACGGUCCAACGAGUAAGCCAACCAAUCCCCCUGUCGCCUCCACCCAUGAUUCAUGGAACCAUUCCUUCGCGUGCCGCGAAGGCCUGAAAAAGGCGAAAGACUGUUGGGAGAGUCCAGGGCGACCAUUGCCCCUUUUCUUUCUUUUGGAUGUAGCUAUUUCCUUACAUAUAGAGGAAUCGAGGAGAUUCGUAUACGCCCAGAAGCUCGCAAGACCCACGGCGCCUUGCUACAAUAACGAGUGGCUAGUUCGUUCGAUAUCUAGGAGAUACCUGUCUACUUCGCUUCACCAAGCAGACCCCACGCCCGGCCCAACUAUCCCAGGGCAGAAGGACGCAAAAAGCCAAAUGUUACAGGGGCUUGGGAUGCCUCACCAGGAUGAGGCGGUAGCACUUGGCGUGAUUCUUUCCCCUCUGAUUAUUUAUGUUAUUGGUGCCCUCGUGGUAUUCUCCGUUUUUCGACGGGGACUUGUUCCCCGAUUGGAACUAGUGGAUCCAGCAGUGGCUUUGGAUUCAGUUCGGGACCAAAUCCAGGCCGAACUUUUAACAUUGUUCCAGCAGAGGUAUGGGCCCCAUUUUGUAUUUCCCCCGGGUUAA